AUGGGACCUACUAUAGCAAAUGCGAAUGGUAGCAAGAAGCAAGGGCACCUUUUGGAACUUAUUGAUGAAGAUGUGCAAUCCGUUAAUGCGGUUGAGACAAAGUUGAAGAUGAAUAAUAUCCCUAGUGAAUCGAAUGAGGGCGAUAGAGCUCCAAAAAGACUGAAGAAAGAUAAUCAGAAUACAUCUGGAGCCUUGGAGGAGGUGAGUCCCGAGGAGUUUAGGCAAUAUCAUAAGGCUAAGGAUAGAGUACGAGAGUUUUACAAGGAACAACAUGAAAUGCAGACAAUGGCUUAUAACUUGCAAGCUAGAAUAAAUUACAAGACUAAAGUGAGAGCUAAAAUGACUGUCUGGGAUGCACUUUCCAAUUUGAGUAAGCUCAUCGAUGAGUCCGAUCCCGAUACUGAGCUUUCACAGAUCGAACAUGCGAUUCAGACCGCUGAAGCGAUUAGAAAGGAUGGUAAACCACGAUGGAUGCAGUUGGUUGGACUAAUUCAUGAUUUGGGAAAAAUCCUAUAUUUUUUCGAUAGCGAGGGACAAUGGGAUGUGGUUGGUGAUACUUUCCCCAUCGGUUGUCAGUUUGUCCAAGAUAUAAUCUUUAGUGAAUUCUUCCAGGGCAAUCCAGACAAUUCCCACCCCAUCUAUUCUACUAAAUAUGGAAUAUAUGAGCCUAAUUGUGGGCUAAGCUCCAUUCUCAUAUCCUGGGGGCAUGACGAGUAUAUGUAUUACGUGGCGAAGAGUCAGUCGACAUUGAACGAAAGAGCUUUAGCUAUGAUACGAUAUCAUUCAUUCUACCCGUGGCAUCGCGAAGGUGCGUACCGAUAUUUAAUGAGUGAUGGCGAUUAUAAAUUACUGGAGGCUGUUCAAGAGUUCAAUAGGUAUGAUCUUUACUCAAAGAGUUUGAAGAAAUAUGAUAUUGAAAAAUUGAAACCGUAUUAUGUUGAACUGAUAGAUGAGUUUUUCCCAGAAAAACUCGUGGAAUUUUAA